AUGUUGAUGUAUUGUAAAAUAGGCAGUGAAAAUUGGUUGGUUAUCUUUGGUACUUUGAUGGCUCUGGUACUAAGAUGUUGUACGACUUUGCACCCUUACUCCGGCGAAAAUAAACCCCCAAUGUAUGGAGAUUACGAAGCUCAGAGACAUUGGAUGGAAGUCACCACAAAUCUGCCCCUCAAAGACUGGUAUAGGAACACUACAGAUAAUAAUUUAUUAUAUUGGGGCCUGGAUUAUCCUCCUCUAACAGCCUAUCAUAUGUAUUUAUGUGGAAUAGUCGGAAGUUUCAUUAACGAAAAUUUCACCAAGCUACAUGAAUCUAGAGGAUACGAAAGCGAAGAACACAAGUUUUUUAUGAGGACUUCAGUGCUCGUUGGAGAUUUAUUGAUAUACAUUCCAGCUUUAAUUUUUUAUUAUUACUCUUGUGUCAGGUUAGAGAGGAAACUUGAAGAAGCUAAACCAAAAAUUAAUCUUAAAAUUCUUGAUACAUCUUUAUCAGUUGUUCUAGGAUUACUUUAUCCUGGAAUAAUUUUAAUUGAUCACGGACAUUUCCAAUACAAUUCAAUAUCUUUAGGCAUAUUUAUAUUUGCCGUAAUUUCUAUAUUAUGUAGACAAAAUAUUUUAGCUUCAAUCCUAUUUUGUGUUGCCUUAAAUUACAAGCAAAUGGAAUUAUACCAUUCAAUUCCGUUUUUCUUAUAUUUGUUAAGUACUUGUGUGCCAAAACCUGGCCAACCAGCAAUAUCUGGAAUAAUUUCUUUAGCUAAAAUUGGUAUAGCCGUUGUAGUAACUUUUAUUUUAAUUUGGCUACCAUUUAUUUUUAAUAUUGAUGAUACAUUGCAAGUUUUACACAGAUUAUUUCCUUUAGCUAGAGGUGUAUUUGAGGAUAAAGUUGCUAAUAUUUGGUGUGCUCUAAAUGUGAUUUUUAAAUUUAAAACUCGCUUUGAUAAUCAACAAAUGAUGCGAAUUUGUUUAUUUAGCACUUUAUCAGCUAUUUUGCCUUCAAGUGUUGAUUUGUUUUUACGUCCUAGUUUGAAGAAAUUUGUCUUAUCUUUGAUUAAUUGUUCAUUAGCAUUUUUCUUGUUUAGCUUUCAAGUCCAUGAAAAAUCAAUACUCCUAGUUGCUGUACCGGUUCUUUUAUAUUUCCCUUAUGCUCCUUUUGAGGUCAUAGAUCACUCAGAUGGUUGCGGAGAGAAAUUCUCUUGUUUAGUAGUAUCUGAAAAAUUCAAGGGAAAACAACUCUUACAAAGACAUAGAUUAGUGAAUACCGUUUUAAAAGAAGAAUUGCAAAAUAUUCACGCUUUUUCGCAGCAAACACUGACACCAGAUCAUAAUGCACAACAUCAAUUUAAAAAGGAUAAGAACGGUAUUGAAUUCAAUGUAUCAGCUCCAGGCAAAGUUAUUUUACAUGGAGAACACUCGGUAGUUUAUGGAAAAUUAGCAAUUGCUGCCAGCUUAGGCUUAAGAACCAAGGUUCAUUUAGUAGAAAUAGACUGUCCUGUUUUUAUUUUAAAAAUUUUGCCUCUUGAUUUUGAAUAUACUUUUAGUUUACUUGAAAUUCAAGAAUUGCUGCUAGAUAAAUCUCCAAAUGUUAUCACAAAUGUGGCCGAUUUCAAUUGGGAAUUGCCGCAAUUAGUUAAUCACCAAGCACACUAUGAAAUAGUUAAACAAACUGUUACUUCUUUUUUUACCUCGAAACGCAAUUAUCUCGAUAAUGUAAUUAUUAAUUCUACAUGUUGUCUGUUUUAUUUGCUCUCUGGCAUUUUGUCUUCAGUAGAUGUCAAACUGAAGUCUUUGUGUAUUACUGUUGACUCAGAAUUGUCUAUGGGGGCCGGUACAGGAAGCUCGGCUAGUGUUUCUGUUGCAUUUUCAGCCCUUUUUGUGCACUAUAUUAAACUCAAAACUUCAAAUCUUGAAAACAUUUCCAAAAAAGGUUUCAAACAAUUUGUUUUUGAUAAAGGAGACCUAGAAAAUAAUACACAUUUUAGCCAACGGGAGUUAAAGGCAAUUUCUGAAUGGUCCUUUUGCUCGGAACAAAUAUUUCAUGGAACACCAUCAGGUCUGGACAAUACAAUUUGCACUUACGGCAACUUGGUAAAAUUCCGGAAAAACCAUUCGACAUCAAAUUUGACUAUUGAAACGCCCAUUGACUUGCUUUUGAUUCAUAGCACGGUACCUCGUGAAACUAUUAAGAUGGUUCAGCGUGUUGCCGAUCUCAAAAAGACAUUUCCUGAUGUUUUUGAAAAUAUAUUGGACGCUUUGGACCAAUUGACAAGAAACGUAUUGGAAAUUAUUAGGAAAAUGGACGAGGCUUCAGCUGCUGGAGAUAACGAGGAAGUAAAUAAAAAUUUUCAACUUUGGGAGAUACUUAUUCAGAUGAAUCAUAGUCUGUUGUCUUCUUUGGGAGUUUCGCAUCCAAAGCUUGAAGAAAUUAAUAUAAUUUUGAAUAAGAAUGGUUUGAAAGGCAAACUUACUGGCGCAGGAGGCGGUGGGUAUUCGAUUUCAAUUUUGCCGCCUUCAUACGAUCCUGAAGAGGUCAUACGGAUUUUGAAAGAACAUGGCUUUUUAGUUAUAGCUACCAAACUAGGCCUGGUCAAACUUGGCGUGCAGUGUGUCACAGGAAAGAAGGUGGCCAUUAAAAUAAUCAAUAGGGAAAAGCUUAGCGAAAGUGUUUUGAUGAAGGUCGAACGGGAAAUAGCCAUAAUGAAAUUAAUAGAUCAUCCGCACGUGCUGGGUCUGACGGACGUCUACGAAAAUAAAAAGUAUCUCCACAGAGAUCUCAAACCCGAAAACCUCCUAUUAGACGAAAAGAACAACAUCAAAAUAGCGGAUUUUGGAAUGGCCUCGCUCCAACCUAUGGGCUCGAUGCUGGAAACUAGCUGCGGUUCGCCUCAUUAUGCAUGUCCAGAAGUUAUCAGGGGUGAAAAGUACGACGGUCGAAAAGCGGACGUGUGGUCUUGCGGCGUGAUCCUCUACGCCCUUCUAGUAGGCGCCCUGCCCUUCGACGACGACAAUUUGCGCCAAUUAUUGGAAAAAGUCAAACGGGGAGUGUUUCACAUUCCGCAUUUCGUACCUCCCGAUUGUCAGAGCUUAUUGCGGGGCAUGAUCGAGGUCAACCCUGAAAAACGACUGACGUUGUCCGAUAUAAAUAAACACCCUUGGGUUACUGCCGGAGGCAAAGGCGAAUUAGAAUUGGAACAACCCAUGAUGGAAGUAGUCCAAACCCACGUUUUACCGUCCAUUGAAUCUGUCGAUCCAGACGUUUUGCAGGCCAUUUGCAGUUUGGGUUGUUUUAAGGAGAAAGAGAAAUUGAUACAGCAUUUGCUUAGUCCCAGUCAUAAUACCGAAAAAGUAAUCUACUUCCUUUUGCUGGAACGGAAACGACGAAGGCCGGCUUUCGAAGACGACACCGAUUCGGUAUUGAGGAUAAGACCAGCCGAGACUGCGGAUCCUCCAAAGAAAAGGAUCGACACUUGUAGGGUAAACGGACAAACUCCUUUACAGUUCGGACAAAUUAGCGAAGGGUCGCCGUUGACGCCGCGAAGGUCCCAUUACAAACGACAUCACGCCAGAAGAAGUCCUUCGACCGGUAGUACCCAUAGUAGCCUUAGUAUUCAUUCGCCAACUAGAUCUUCGGGCGCCUCGAGUCCCGUUAUGUUUAACAGCACACCUUCGAAUAGUCACUCUGGUAUGUCCUCGCCAGUUAACCAACGUACGCCGUCCUCUCACCACUCAGCCUCGAAUACGCCCUCUCAUCGAGCGUCCGCUCAUCUGACGUCGAAUACUCACGUGACCGUCACCCCUCCGCCCUCUACGCCUACUCACCACAGGGCGAACAGCAGCGGAGGUACUUCGAUGUCGCUUACGUCGCCCGAAAGUGAUACUAGUAGUUUAGUUACAGGUUCUAAUAUUUUAAAUCCAAUGACCCCACCGGGCUCACCCCACCUGAGUACGACCAGUCAUCAUUGGCGAACGCGCCUGACGACCAUCAAAAAUAGCUUUUUAGGAUCACCGCGGUUCCAUCGAAGGAAAUUACAAACAUCCUCGGAAGAAGUUCACUUGACGCCGGAAUCGUCACCAGAACUAACCAAGAAAUCUUGGUUCGGUAGUCUGAUGACGACGGAAAAAGAUGAAACGUUUACUAUAUUAGUAAAAGGCAAACCUUUGGCUAGUGUUAAAGCUGAUUUGAUUCAUGCAUUUUUAUCGAUAGCAGAACUUAGUCAUUCCGUAUCAAGUCCAAUGUCAUUUAGGGUAGAAUAUAAAAGGGGUACAACGGGUCCUGCCAUGUUUCAGCGGCACGUAAGAUUCCAAGUUGAUAUAUCAAUUAUAACUAAGCAAACUGAUAACACCAAAGAGCAUUUGUAUGCGAUUACUUUUACUUUAUUGUCAGGUAAUAUCCGACGAUUUAGAAGAGUAUGCGAACAUAUUCAAGCUCAAGUUUGUACAAGAAGACCGCCGCCCAGCCCGAGAGCUCAAAGAAAAUUUACUACUGAACUGAGCGAAAGUUCCAGUUGUGGCUCAGAUUCUAGUGAAUUGUAUUUGAGUACUCGACAGGUAAACGUUCUCCAACUCGAAACUAGCGACAUAGAAAGCGAAUGCAGCGUCUUCGACGUUCGCACAGCAUCUCGCGACGUGUCCAGACGUGCAUCGACCAACAACAACACGGAAUCGCUGGAACAGAACCCGCCCGGCACCCCGAAAGCGGUACGAUCCAACUCGGAAAACACCGACUCGUGCGAGAAAACUUGCAUGACCACAAUGUCCGGCAGUUCUAUUGCGUAAUAUUGGUUAGUAGUUAUCGUAAGUAGGGUAUGGAAUUAUUUUCAGUUUUAUCUGGAACUUUUCGGUUGUUGGAACGGGGUGGUCUUCAGGCGGGUCAAAAUGAGGCGAGUAUGGUACGAGUGGUACAAGUAUUUUAGGAAUUUUUAUGAAGAAUAGACUGGGAAUAUUACAGAUGUGGUAUUAUUUUGGUCGCUUCAGUGGAUUGAGAAUCUUAGAGGAUUUUCCACAUCUGUUUUGUUGUUUUUUUUAAAGGGAUAUUUACAAGAUGAUUAAAUUUUUUAAUUAAUGCGUAUCCUUCUCAUGUCUUUCUUGGACCCUCCUUUGUUGAUUUCCUUAAUUCAUUCUAGUACACAUAACGGCAAGGACAGAAAUGCUAUCUCAAUCUGGAAAUAUUCAACUUCCCAUAAGUUUCUUUUGAUUGGUAUCAAUUUUUUGAGGAGGGACUGAAGUCCCUAGCCUACUGAGGAAACGGAGAUAAAUUUCAGAGUAACUGAGAUAGGCCUAGAAUUUUUUAAAAACUCUCAAAUGUGAUUUGCGGGAAACUUUUGGAUUUUCUUCACAAGAAAAACAAUUUUAACUCCAUUUACGAGUUCUGGAUCCACUUGCAGUUUAUUUUUCCUGAAAAAAGUGACUGUAAGCUUAAAAUCCUGGGAAGUUAAAAGUCACUGUGAUGCUUAGUAUUUUCAAGAGGUUCUCAAACGCUAUUUCAGGAUAAUUUUUGGAUUUUCUUUAAAGAUCCUCAAGGAUAACAAUUCUAGAUCAACUUGCGGUUUAUUUUUCUGGAUAAAAGGGACUCUAAUCUAUGAAUCCUGGAAGAUUAAAUUCCCUCUAACGCAAAGUAAAACUUCUCCAGGUUUGCAUGGUUCUGAAAAACCUCCAAAUUUGAAUGGAUAAUAGAAAGAAUAAGAAUAUUUUAUUAAUUCAGGACAACCUUAGCAAUACUGGGAAUGUUUAUUCUGUAGUAGUAAAGAUGGUCAUUCGCUAGAUAAAUUUAAAUUGAAGUUAUACUACCGGGCCUUACAAAAAAAAUUACCAAUUUUUGGAAAGUGCGAAGGAGAUAGACUACAAAUUCCCUAUAAUAUUCACUACUUUCCUCAUCAUUUACUACAAAAAUCUAAUCAUCUUGAAGUUAAAUCCCCGACAAAAUAACAAAUUAUUCAAAAUGAUUUGAAAGCAAUUUCAAUUUAUUUUAUACUAAAAUAUUAGUUCAAUUAUUUGUUUAUUGUGUUUUAAUUAUUAUUAUUCGCUAUUUUAAAUAUUAUAUUUGUUGUUAACGUUACCGUUAAAUCUGUAAAUACUAGUCAAGAAAAAAAUUGCCUGAAAUAGCUUUUAAAACGUUGAAGCAAAAGUAAAGAGCAAUUAUAAGGUAUUGUGCAAAAUACAAAACUAAAUCAAAAAUAAAAACAUACGCCAAAUAAUCUAAUGAAUUAAGAAUUCUCGAAAUAUACUGGACUUGAUAAGAAUAAAUAAAUUUGCUCAAAAAUUUUCAGAAAAUAAAUUAAAAUCAAGAAAUAAUUACUUAAUUAUUAUUAUUAUGAAGCCUGGUAUAAUACAAUCGCAAUAUGAAUUAUUUAUGUGCAAUAUUGAUUAUAAACUUAAAUAUACAGGGUGUGUCAUACGUUUUUUAAUUGAUUUACAGUUAAUUUUGUUUAAAAAGUCGCCUCCCCGCACCCUCAAAAAUGAAUAAAAACAAAACGAGCACCCGAAAAAAAAAAAACUUGUUCAAUAUAACUAUUUUUGGUAUUAAAAACUAAAAUAGGUUGAAUGUUUUUGACAAAAUCUAAAACACCAAAUAAAGUAUUAAGUAGUAGCGCAUAUAAUAAUAAUAUAAUGAUGAAAACUAUAUAGAAAUUGUUAAGGGAAAAUUUAAAUCAGUGAGGUUGAUUCAAGUAUAUGUGUUUUAGUUUUAUUUUGAAAUAAUAUAUGUUUCAAGGUGGUUUGUAUCAAAAGAUAUUUUUGUAUAGGAAAUUUGCGGCAUUUUCAACCCCUACAUUGGGUUCUUGUAAUUGGUUUAUAUAUACAAGUGCUAAAAGUCUAAUUAUUUUGAUCUUUAUCUUGAAAUAAGUAUGACUGACUUUAUAGUGAUAGAUUUUUUAUUUCUUGAGAAUGCAAUUCACAUAAUUUCAAAUAAGUUUAUUUAGUAACCGUACACAAUUUGUUUAAAAUUAGUAAAUAACAGGUCUGCAGCAUGGGUUGUAAACAUUAAAAUAAUACAAUAGCUCAACUUUAAACUACUUUUCUAACACUGAAUUAGAUUCUCGAAUUCCCAAUUCAACCCCUUGACAAUAGUUAUAUCCACAGAUUUACGACAUUACUUUUCCCACCUGGCCAACAAUGGCACCCCAAACAUAUAAAACUACAAAAAUAAAAGUAACUUAUCGAUAUCUAAAACAACUAUUCACUUUCACAGUUCUAGAAAAACGCAACAACACAGACACAAUACACCACACUAAACAUCUUUGAUACAAACCACUCGAAUUUGAAUUUACAUAAACAGCUCUAUAAAACAAUUAUUUUAUUACAAUAUUCCAUGUAUGUAUCAUAAUAUACUUUAACAAAUUGAUUAUAUAAACUAUAUACCUUGUCAUCCAGUCGAAAAAAAUCUAAUUUAAAAAUGUAAUAGGCUUUAUGUAAAUAUGCAAAAAAAAUCUGUGCGCGCUUAUGUAAUUUGACUUGUUCUAAUUCAAUGUAAGUGUCCGAAAAUUAUCUAAUUCUAUAUAAUUAUUAUUACGCUGUUAUGUAAGUACAUCAGGCAGUUUGGCUAGAUUUUGAUAGCUGAAAUGCCUCUUCGUCAUUCGAAUUAUACAUAUGAAUAAACCCCAGCCGAUUUUAGCGAAAAAAGAAAAUCAUAUUGUUAUUAGAUAGGGAAAAAAGGGUCGUACUUAGGUAUGUAUAUAAAAUAAUUUGACAGUUUUAAACUUUUCCAUCAACUCAAUUGUAUGAAAAAGAUUAAAAUUGCCCUUAUAAAUAGCUAAAAACUAUAGUCCAUGAAAUUUAGGCUCUAAUAACUUUGUAAAAUGUCCAAAAUUAUGGGGCGACGAUUAUGGGAAAUUGCAGGUGAGCACAAAAGCCUCAGAGUUAUCACACCUGUAGUUAAAAAAUUACCAAUCUCUUAACUGUGUUUAUCUGCAAUUAUAUCCAAAUUUUGAAAAUAAGCAUUUUUGUAAACAUAUCAUGCUACAUCAUUUAUGAUUUGUUUGUACUUACUUUUGCCUUUUGUCUACCAUACAACUUAUUUAAAACUCGAAAAAGUUUUAAUUAAUUUAUAAAUGAAGUUGAAAUACUGCAAUUUGCUUAUUAUACCUCUGAUUGUUUAGUUGAUUUUUUGGGUGUAAAAAAUACAUAGAACUAUUUCCUGUUUAUAAAUAAAUAUUUCAGCUAUAAAUAUUUGUCGUUGGCGUUUGUGUUUAAGUUUUUUUCAAGUGAUUAAUUUAUUAAUUGAAUUAUAAAUUAUACUGUGUAAGUGCUUGUAAAUAAUAUUGUGAUAAUAAUAAAUCAAUUUGCACAAUAUGAAAAAAAAGUUGUUUUGUGUUACGAACUCCCAAAAGAAGUUUGCAAGGCUUUAAGAAAGUAUUUCUUUAGUACUUUCUUGGUAGGUAUGUAUAUUUCAAAAGAAAAUUGAGAUGCUAACGAUAUGUUUAGAAGAUAUCUAAUUUCAUUGUAUUGAAACUAGAAGCGUCGUUGAACAAAUAACACCCGACAAUGAUGGAACAUAUUAAAUUUCAAACCAAUUACCGUAUAAGUAAGUGUAGUGCUUACACCUGUCGUUUGUUCCUUUGUUACUAGUUCCCCUAUUAAGUGUGUAAUCUAAAUCGCCGUAAAAUUAUAGAUACAGAAUAACGGAACAUUAUCAUUUUAGUUUUUAUGGAAGAAUAUGGUAUAAUAAUACUUGUGACAGAUAUUAUAGAGAGUUAAUAUAAUCAAUCUGUUAAUAAGAGACAUGGAUCGGCGUUGUUCUAAGGAAAGAAUGAAAUCUCUGUUAUUCUUUUAUUCUCGUUCAAAGCUGAUUUGUCUACAGUCCUGUCAAAUUCCAACAUUAACAUCUAGCUUGACUUGAAGGAGAAGUAGUCUUGGGGUAGAGUAUCUAGAAUCUUACAGACUAACAGCAACUCAUAAGGUAACUGACAAUUACAUGUUUUACUUUACUUGUAAUGAUUCUGUCUUUUGAUAACCCUUUUUGCAACUCAUCCCAGAGAUUCUUGAGCUUAGGCGUGUUCG